AUGUCGGCCGCGAGUGACAUCAUGCGCGCGUCCGCGAACGCCCGUUCGCACGUCGGUGUCAAGGCUUCAAAGAAGAACGCGUCCAAGCGCGCCAGCCGCGCGGUUCCUCGCGCGGCAAAGAAGAGCGAUGAAGACGCCACCGAGGACGACCAGCAGCUCAAGCGUGGGAUCUUCGCCGGGAUCACCGCGUUUUCCAUCAUUGCCGGGGGUGAGGGAUCUGUUCAACCGUCCGUUGCGGCGACAACCUCGGUGGAGGUGGCGCAAGUGGCCGCGGACGACUACUUGACUGAGCUCAAGACGUCAAACACGAUUGCUGAGUUGGAUUACGAUGCUCUCAGUACGGCCAAGGACAAUUUGAAGUACCGAUAUGACCGCGGUAUCGAUGAAUCGAUGACCAUCGAACUGCUGAACGACACGGCUGACAACUCUCGUCGCGGUUCGAAGGGAACGAGGCGACGCGAGCCGGUGCAACGAUCCGCGGCCGCUCCAUCCUUCAGCAUUCCGAGCUUCGACGCUUUCACCGCUCCGUCUUUUGAAAUCCCGAAUUUCGACGCGCCGAAGUUUGAAUUGCCGAAGUUUGAGUCGCCGGUGAAGUCAGCUGUCGAUGAGAGCGAAGCCGAGAUUCCUACCGUCGUCGAAAGCGUCGUCGCCGGACAAAAUGCCGAGGAGUUGCGCAAAGCCAAGGCUGCUGAGGCCGCCGCGGAACGCGAAGCCAAGGCUGCUGAGGCCGCCGCGGAACGCGAAGCCAAGGCUGCUGAGGCCGCCGCGGAACGCGAAGCCAAGGCUGCUGAGGCCGCCGCGGAACGCGAAGCCAAGGCUGCUGAGGCCGCUGCGGCGCGCGAAGCCAAGGCUGCUGAGGCUGCCGCGAGAAAGGCCGCAGAUGACGAGGCUCGCGCCGCCAGGGACGCCGCCAGAGAGGCGGAAAAGGCGGCGAAGGUGGAGGACAAGGUUGUCGCGUCUUCGGGUGCGUCUAUGGACCUUGGUUUUGACUUUGGCUCUCUCUCUCAGUACAUGGAAAGCACCCCGUCCGCGCCCAAGGUUGAUAAGAAAGCUGAAGAGAAGGCACGCAAGGCUGAAGCCGCCGCCGCUGCGGCUGAGGCCAAGCGCGCCGCGGCUGAGGCCAAGCGCCUGGCUGAAGAAGAAAAACGUGCGGCCAAGAUGGCCCCGCGCUCUUCGUCCGCCGAUUUUUCCAGCGACGAUCUCGGCUUCGAUUUCGGCAUCUUGUCCCAGUACAUGACCUCCUCGGACACCGGAGCUGCCUCCUCUGGCGCUUCCGAGAAGGCCGCCGCGAAGGCCGCCGCGAAGGCCGCUGAGCAACAAGCCAACGAGGCUGCCGCCGAAGCUAAGCGCAUUGCUCGCAUUCAAGCCCAAGAAGCUGCCGACGCGAAGCGCGCUGCGGUGAAGGCUGAACUCGCUGCAAAGAAGAACGCGGCCAAGUCUGGUGUGCGACAGACUUACAAGAAGCAAACCGUCGCCAAGGUCAAGCCAGAAUAUACCAAGGGUAACGCCUUCACCCCGUUCACUCCGUUCGCCGGCGUUUCAAGGUUGACCGCAGUCCAAAGGGCUCCUUUGCCAGGCAUCGACGUCAACGUUGACGCCAUCAUCGACGGUCAAGAAGCGAAGGCUGAAGCGACGCUCGCUCGAGCGAACGAGGAUGCUGGCGACUUUUUGAACUUGCAAUCUUCCGCCGCCUUUGGCGUUGCCGCGACGCUCGGCUUGAUUGCCGAAACCAGAAGCAAGGAAAUGCGUGAAAAGCAAGAGCAAGCCGCUCGCAACGCCACCAGCAAGAGCGGAUUCGUCUCGCAAGCGGGAUCCGGCGGUGCCAGCACCACGGAGGGAUGGUUCGACAAGGCUCUGGCCAAGUACAUGGAUCCAGAAGUGGCGGCGAAGGUCACAGCGAUGCCGACUAUUUCCAUCAACAACUCUGGCUACGACAUCAGCAAGUCCCCGCGUAAGAAGGUGGCGAACAACAAGCCGGCCUCAAAGUUCGUUGAAGGCACCCCUGCGAAGGCGACGACGAAAGUCACUGAGUCCGCGGAACCCGCCAAGCCCGCCGCGAAGUCCGCCGUCACCAAGUCCGAUCCGGUGAAGAAUGCCUCGCAAGCGCAAUCCUGGAUCGACAAGUGGACCUCAAAGCCGGCUGCUCCGGCUGCCACCGCGUCGAAGCCUGUCGUCGCGAAGUCUGAUCCAGUAAAGAACGCCGCUGAGGCUCAAAAUUGGAUCAGCAAGUGGACGUCAUCCACGAAGUCCACGGUCGCGUCUAGCUCCAAAUCCGACACUACGGUCGCGAGCUCUAGCUCCACGGUCACCACGACCACCGUCAAGAAGGCGUCGUUCGUCAGCUCCGACAGCUUGUCCCCGGAGCAACGCGCCGCCGCCGAGCAGUGGAUCAAGAAGUGGCGCGAGGACGGUCGCCCGACCGACGAGACCAAGUUCGACGACGCGAAGAAGUGGUUGAAGAGUCGUACGUACAUCGAGGAGUAA